UGUCGUUUGCUUCUGUUGGGUGUGACGUAUCUUGAUGUUUUCGUUGCAUUAGCAUAACAGAUCUAAUGGUGUGGGCACUGCAGUGAGCGCUGCUAUUUAUUCCUUAUCACAGAGGUAAAUUAAACAACAUUCUGUCAAACCGCUUAACUUGUAAUGCACCGGUAUCCCACUAUGAGGGCUUGCUGGCGAAUGGGACGUCUUUAAGGAUUUUUCGGUUCGGUUGUCAUCAUACACUGUUUAUGAAGCACUUCUUCAUACGGACGGAAGGAGGAAGUGGAGACAGUUUGCUGUUGACGAGGAAAAGAAAGUGAACUAACAGUUCAUAACUGUUUGCAGGAUUCUCUUGGGAGUCUGGCCUCAGGCACAGUGUUUGUCCAGUAAGUGGUGGACGAGCAGGGCAGGAGGGAAUGUUUGGCAGGAAAAACAAGCGAGCAGCACCGCCGAAAGGCCAAGGCGCAGCUGCAGCCAAACAGAUGGGGUUGUUGCUUGAUUUCAAAACAGAUGAUAUGAUGGACAUGGACCAAGAUAUGGAUGACCCCGAUUUAGAAGCAGAAUUUGCUGCCAUUGUUGGGAAGAAACCAUUGCCUGCUGCAACGGGGAAAAAGUCUGGCAAAGCCCCAUUACCAAUGGAGGAUAUUGCAAAAAUGGCAGAGGCACGCAUGAAAGAUGUUGAUGAUGAUGACGAUGACAACCUGGAAGAUGACGAAGAUCUCUUGGCUGAGCUACAGGAAGUGGUUGAAGAGGAGGUAAUGGAAGACUCCGGUUCCACAAUCUCAGCCUCCCCUGUUAGUGCCAAAGUUUCUUCAACAGAAACAGCACAACCGGUCACGUCAGUGCCUGGGAGCAUUGAACACACCUUAGAGGAGAGAAUAAGCAUGUAUAGAAUGGCUAUUGCAAAUGCCAAGUCGGCAGGGGAAUCCUCUAAAGCCCGGAGAUAUGAGAGAGGCCUAAAGACACUACAAACUAUGCUGGCAUCAGCACGGAAAGGAGGGAAGAUUGACGAAACGGAGAUUCCCCCACCAGUUGCAUGUGGGGCCUCUAGUGGUCAUGACUGGCCUCUUACCCCACCAGCAACAUCACCUGAUCAGCAUGGGGAGUCUGAUAGCGCUGUUGAGAUCUCUCCUGUCUCAGUGGAAGCCGACCAUGUUGACAUGGAUCCAGCACCAAACACUAGUGAGGAGUCUUCUGGUGUAACCUCUCCAGCUUCCCUGUCAUCUCCAGAAGAGGAACAUGCAAGAAGUGCUGCUGAAUCAUCCUCAGACUCUCCAGUCAGACAGCCCACAAAAGACAUUCUGCUGGAGCGACAGAAAGAGUACAGGAUGGCAGCCGUCAUGGCCAAACAAGCAGGAGAUAUUGAUCAAGCCAAAAUGCACAUGAUGGCCAGCAAGGGAUUCGAUGCAGCAAUUGAGGCUUUGGAGAAAGGCCAGUCGGUGGACAUGAGCUCCCUCCCUCCCUUGACUCAAGUUACUCAUGUCACACCUCAGGCAGCUGUUAAAGUCUCACCUUCUGCUCCUGAAGUGCAAGCAGACAAUGUUUCUGGCCCUGCUCAGCCCAAAACUAUUCUUGAAGCUUUGGAACAGAGGAUGGCCAAAUACAAAGAGGCCUUCUCACAAGCUAAGGCCAGCGGGGAUGAUCGCAAGGCCCGCAUGCAUGACCGCAUCGCUAAGCAAUACCAGGCUGCCAUCCGUACCCAUAAAGCAGGUCGAGCAGUCAAUUACGAUGAACUUCCAGCCCCACCAGGCUUUCCACCAAUCCCAGGCCAGAAGGCCACUUCACCAGAGCAAGGAUUGGAUGCUGUGCUGGAAACAGCCAAUAAGCUGACAUCUAAUGAAGCUGAUGCUGGUGCUGAGGAGGAAGAUGGAGAUGGGGAGGAGAAGGUGGCAGAAAAAACUGCAAAAGUAGACAACCAGAAGAAGCCCACUCUUGCGGUACAGCCAACGGUACAGGAGCCCAAAAGGACCCCUUCCCCAGACAGGACAUCCAAAAGGGAGAGUCUGCCUGAUACUGCUCAGCAGCAGCUGGAGUUUCUGGAGGGCCGUAAAAAACAGUACAUGAAAGCAGCACUGCAGGCAAAGCAGAAGAAUGAUCUAGAGAAGGCCAAGACCCUCCUGCGUACAGCCAAGGGUUUGGACCCCUUGAUAGAAGCAUUAUGCAGUGGCAAGAUAGUGGACAUAAGCAAGGUACCAUCACUACCUGGAGAUGAAGACAUCAUCCAGGUUCAUCACCGUGAUGUUCAGAUCUCUGAAAAGGCUGAGGAGGUCUAUAGUCAACUUAACAAACUACUCAAAGAUCAACAUGAGAAAUGUGUAACAUACUCAAAGCAGUUCACGCACAUGGGGAACGUUGCAGAGACGACCAAAUUCGAGAAAAUUGCUGAACAAUGUAAAAAGAGUCUGGAGAUCCUUAAGCUGGCUCACAAUGGGGGGCUUCAGCCUCCUAAACAUUAUUUUGAGGAGAGAACAUACCGCACUGUCAGGAUAUUUCCAGAGCUUAGUAGUACAGACAUGGUUGUAGUCAUUGUCAGGGGGAUGAACCUCCCUGCUCCUUCUGGUGUUGCAUCAAAUGACCUGGAUGCCUAUGUCAAGUUUGAAUUCCCAUAUCCCAGUUCAGAUCAACCUCAGAAACAUAAAACAUCAGUAAUCAAAAAUACCAAUAACCCAGAGUAUAACCAGAACUUCAAGCUGAACAUCAACCGUAACCACCGUGGCUUCAGGAGAGUGGUACAGUCUAAAGGCUUAAAGCUGGAAGUGCUGCACAAAGGUGGCUUCCUGAGGAGUGACAAGCCAGUAGGAACAGCCACCCUUAAACUGGAAAAACUGGAAGCUGAAAGUGAAGUGAGGGAAAUAGUUGAGGUUAUGGAUGGGCGAAAAGCCACAGGUGGUCGUCUGGAGGUGAGGGUGCGUCUCAGAGAGCCUCUGGGUGGGCAGGAUCUCCAAACAAUCACAGAACGAUGGCUAGUGCUGGAAGAGCCACAGGUACUGCUGUAACUGGCAUUGUGAUGUACAGAACUUCUUCUCAAAGUUUCGAGGUCUAAAUGGCUUCUAAGUGGAUGAAGAUAUUGAGGGUGAAAUCUCCACAGUGCUGCUAGCCUCAAGCACUUGCCACUAGGUGGAUAUCGCCAGGAAAUUUCUCAACACACUCUCUGUGCCUUGAGCCAUUUAUGGAGAGACAUCGUCACUUACAGGCUUGUUUUUUAUCAGGGUAAAAGAGGUUAGAUGAGGAUGUAAUAGUUGAGGGUGAUUAAAAAUACAAUCGAUAUUAAUAAGGGGAGCAGGAGCACUUGCGUGAGAUUGAAAUUCCUUUUAAAUCUACCUUUUGAGAUAGAUUGCCUCUUGAUUUUAUAAUAACCGCACACCCCAACUCUUAUAUUAAUGCAUUGGAGUUGAACCAAUGAGACCUUACCAUUUUUUCUGCUCUGGGAUGCACUUACACACUAAUGCCAAAGUAAUCACUGUUGCUGCAAUAAGAUGAAUGACUUAAUCUGUUCUCCCUCGUACUAGGAACCUGUGGCUGCCAUACCAUUAAUACUAAUGUGUGAUUGCUAUGCAAAUGAGGUCAAUUUGAUUAGCUAUGCAAAAAAGGUUUGCAUUUGCAUCCCAAACAUUUUGCCAGACAUUUCAAAACUUGUUUACAGCCUAUUUAAAUUCAAUGCACAGUUUAACAUGGGUUGAUCGUGCCAGAAUUCUGUCUUUAUAUAUUAUUCUAUAGAAAUUCCAUAGUCUAGCUUUUGCUAAUUGAAGCAGAUGUGAAUUGUUCAUUAAAUGUUCCAAAUAGUAUUGAGAUUGAAAGCUUGAAUAAGCUUUUUCAGCACUUUGUUGACAAUCACUUGUAUAUCAUCUGAGGUCUGAAGAGCCAGUUUGGUUAAUACUUCGCAAAGGUAGUCUUAUGCAUUUUAGAGAUGUUUUGCAUUCAUUUGUAUAAAUAAAUAAAACUUCCCUUGCAUUAUUUAUGAGAGUUAAAAUCUUUUAGGUUAUAAACGCUGUUGCUCAUCAUGGUCUUGUCCUGAAGGGAUUGCAAAUUUCUCAAGGUGCUUUAGCCAUAUUUACAUAAGUUAUCGUUACCUAAGAUUUAAGACAAACACAAGAUUGCCACCUUUUGGCUUCACUUGCCAAUGAAAUGACCUUAGAAAUCUGUUGUUUAGUAUUUAAUUCACAAGUCCAAAAUUACCCCCUUUUACAUUUUGGGAUAUGUUGGAUUUUAAAUUUGAAAGAACUGACUGGCUUUUCAUUUUUAAGCCUAGACAAUGUGCAAUCUAGUUCCUAUUCUGUACAGCGCUGUCCGUUCAUUUCACUUACAGGUCUUCCCAUCUCAUGUGAAGUAUUUGGUUUUUACGUUUGAAGUGCCAGAUUUUCCAGUCACAGAUUGUGCUUUUGUCCUUGCUUAAAUUGCACUGUCAGUGUUGAUCCUUUUGUUAUAUUGUUGUUUCUUUCCUCAAUAUCUGGGCUUAUUCUGAAAACUGGCUUAGUUUUCUGGUCUAGUUACUCCCAAAAUCUUUGUUUUGUUAUACUGAUUGCUCUGGAGGCACUAUUGUAUUCUCUUUCCAUUUCACACAAAUUUUGUGAACUUUCAGCUGUUUUUUUUUAUUAAACGUGAGAAAUUAUGAACCGUAGUUCUUGGAA